AUGGGCAACCACCUGUCCGCGUUCCGCCGGCUCGGCCCCGCACCCAAGCUCUCGACGGUCGCCUUCCUAACCCGCAUGUCGCUCUUCCCGUCGUACCGCAAGAACCAGUUCGACGAGCUACAGCAGGCGGGCAGCGCGCUCGCAACAAAACACGCCCACACAGCAUCCUCGUACCACUCCUUCCGCACCGUCUCGGCCGUGACCGCGGCACACGCAUGGGCCACCGCGGCGCCGACGCCCAGGCCAGCGCUCAGCGAGUACUUGGCGCACUAUGACGUCUUUGCGCGCCUCGCGCACCUCGACGCGGAACACGGCACCAUCGAGCGCGCGAGGGUGAGGGGGCGGCAGAGGGCGGGGCUGCCCUUGCCCCAGGCUCGCGGGCAGGCGCCCGACGGCGACGAGGUCGCGCGCGUCAUCGCCAUUGUGUACGGCCUCGACCGCGACACGGAUGUUGUCAACCCCUCACUUGACCCCGAGACCGUGUACGCCGAGCUGCAAGCCAAGCUCGUCAGCGCCCUGCGCCAGCCCGCCUCCCCGGCAGCCCGCGUCGCCGCGCAUGCGCCCAUCGCGUCCGUCCGGUCGCUCGUCAGCGCGGUCGUGCACCUCGCGAAAGAAGCCAGCGCGCAGGGCCGCCUCGUCAACCUGUGCAACCACGCCACAGCGCUGAGCAGCACACUGGCCUUUUUGGCAGUGUACGAAGCCCUCUGGCGCACCGCGAUCGACGCUGCCCCAGCCCAACAGCGGCAGGCGGCGCUGUGCGCCCUCUCCCGCGGCGCCGUGCUCGACGUGCUCGAGCUCGAUCUUGGCCCGUGGCGCGCGGGCGGGUGCCGCGACGCGGCCAGCUGGGCGGGGAGCGUGUACCUCCGGUCCCGCGCAAGCGGGCUCCUGCACGCGCUCGGGGCCUGUGCGUGCGCCGACGGCGUGGAUUGCCGGCACUUUGCGCCGCUUGGCCGGCAGCCUAGUCGGCGUAAGACGCACCGCAGGAACGCGUCGGCGCCAUUAUAG